AUGAUGGAGACGGAGUUUUCUGGGGAGAAGAAAGGUUCCAGGCAGGAGGAAGCGGAGGAGCGCGCAGGGCCGACGGGGACCUCCCGCUCCGCACCCGCGGCGGGGGCGUGUUCCGCGCUCUGCCCCGCCCCGGGACUGGCCGCGCUCCUCCCGCCGCGCUGGCACCGCCGCUGCUGCCCAGUUGAAGUGAAAAUUGAAGUUGUGAUACCUGAGAAGGAGAGAAGUAAGGAGGAGAUGUCACCCAAUGGGAAAGCCAGCCCUCUGAUCUACAAAGUCAAUGGGACUGCCUGUCACUACCACCUUGAGGAGCAUUCAAUUGCCAGCAACCCCUACCACAACCCAAAGGAUGUGGUAGAAGCAUCUGUGUGCCACGUAAAGGACCUGGAGAAUGGACAGAUGCGGGAAGUGGACCUGGGCUGUGGGAAGGCUCUGCUCAUCAAGGAAAGUGGGGAGUUCCACGCCGUGGGACACAAGUGUCCCCACUAUGGGGCUCCACUGGUCAAAGGGGUUUUGUCCAAAGGAAGAGUCCGCUGUCCCUGGCAUGGAGCUUGCUUCAAUAUCGGCACAGGUGACAUUGAGGACUUUCCCGGCUUGGAUAGUUUACCCAGGUUCCAGGUGAAGAUUGAGAAGGAGAAGGUAUACAUCCGAGCAAGCAAGCAGGCUCUUCAGACACAGAGGAGGACAAAGAUGAUGGCAAAGUGCAUCUCCUUGAGCAACUACAACCUGAGCAGCACCAAUGUGCUGAUCAUUGGUGCAGGGGCAGCUGGGCUGGUCUGUGCAGAGACCUUGCGCCAGGAGGGUUUCUCUGACCGGAUUGUGAUGUGCACCAUGGACAGACACUUGCCCUAUGACAGACCAAAGCUCAGUAAGUCAAUGGAUUCCCACCCUGAGCAGAUCGCCCUGCGCCCCAAGGAGUUCUUCUGCACCUAUGACAUUGAAGUCCUGACUGAAAUGCAGGUGGCGGCUGUGGAUGUCAAGAGCAAGAUAGCUGUGUUCAAGGAUGGGUUUAAGAUGGAGUACAACAAGCUGCUGAUAGCACCGGGAAACACGCCCAAAACUCUCAGCUGCAAAGGUAAGGAGAUGGAAAACGUUUUCAACAUCCGGACGCCUGAAGAUGCCAAUCGUGUGGUGAAGCUGGCCACGAGCAAGAAUGUUGUGAUCGUGGGAGCGUCCUUCCUGGGGAUGGAGGUGGCCGCCUACCUCGCGGAGAGGGCCCACUCGGUGUCCCUGGUGGAGCUGGAGCAUGUCCCCUUCAAGAGGUUCUUUGGGGAGAGGGUUGGCCGUGCUGUCAUGAAGAUGUUUGAGAACAACAGGGUGAAGUUCUACAUGCAGACAGAGGUGUCGGAGCUGCGGGAGCAGGAGGGGAAGCUGAAGGAGGUUGUGCUGAAGAGUGGGAAGGUCCUGCGUGCUGACGUCUGUGUUGUGGGUGUUGGUGCAGUCCCAGCGACAGGCUUCCUCAAGCAGAGUGGCAUCAACAUUGACUCCAAGGGCUUCAUCAUGGUCAACAAGAUGAUGCAGACCAACAUCCCAGGGGUCUUUGCUGCUGGAGAUGCUGUCACCUUUCCAUUGGCCUUGAGGAAUAACAAGAAGGUGAAUGUCCCCCACUGGCAGAUGGCCCACAUGCAUGGCCGCAUCGCUGCGCUGAACAUGCUGGCCCACGGCACGGAGAUCAGCACUGUCCCAUACCUGUGGACAGCCAUGUUUGGGAAGAGCAUCCGAUAUGUGGGCCAUGGGGAGGGAUUCGAUGAUGUUGUCAUUCAGGGAGAUUUAGAUGAACUGAAGUUUGUGGCAUUUUAUACCAAGAGGGUCUCCCGGAGCUGGCGUGUGGGUACCAGGAUGGCAUUCCAUGCUGAGAGCUGGAGGAGUGACGAGGUGGUGGCUGUGGCCAGCAUGAACUACGACCCAAUCGUGUCCAAGGUGGCCGAGGUCCUGGCUGCUGGCAGGACCAUCCGGAAGCGUGAUGUAGAAACUGGAGAUAUGUCGUGGCUAACAGGGAAAGGCACCUAAAGCCACGGAUGGCUGAGCUCUCCUGAUGCUGCACUCGCCGUGGGGAGAUGGGACAGAAGCUCCAUGGCCUGGCGGGAACCCCAUGGCUCAGACAUUUUUCUUUGAGACCUUGAUGAAACUGCCUUCACAUCUUCCAGGAGGAUCUCACACAGCUCCUCUGCCCCUGUGCCUGCUGGGCUGGGGAUGGGGCUCUGCUGUUGCAAUUGCUGUGGAAUGCUGGAAAAUCAGCCCACAGAGAGCGUGAGGCUUGGCGCUGGCAGUGGGCAUGGGCGCCAUACGGCUCUGGAUGCUGCCAUAGGGCUGAGGGUUCCCAGGCAGGAGUGCCUCAUGCAUGUCCCUCACUCCAUAAGCAGCACGAGUGCCUUUGGUUGCUCCUGUGCUUUCAUGCAUGAUGUUCCUUUCCAAAUGCUCUUUGCUCCCAGCAGAGCUCCAAUGCGCAUCCCUGCAGAGCCUGACAUCUGCUCCUUUCCUGCAUGGCUGCUGCAUUUGCCACAGCUCUCCCUGUGACCACCCAACCCCAGGGGCAUCUAGGCGGGCCAGGAGUUUACACUGGGUGAUCUCUGUGCAGCUGGUGCUUGUGUUGUCCAGGCUGGUCCUGUGCAGGCCCACCAGUAGAGGUGGGUCCCUGUCCAUGCUGAGGGCUCUGGAGCUCAUCAGUCCCCAUCCCAGCAUCUCCUGUCCUGGAGCAGCCAAGGGGAGCAGUUCCCUGUCUCCUGAGGCUUGGUUUGGGUUGGGGCACUGGCAGCUCUUGGGCCAAUUCCCGGGGUGCAUUGCAGGGGUACCUGAGAGCUGUGAUGGCUCAGCUGCAGCCCUGGGCUGGGUGGCCACCCUUCCAGCCAGCCUUGAGAUAUCUCUCCUUAAGGCUAUCAUGGAAUCAGUGCUGUUGCUGAGGUGUUAUUAGAGGAAAAGUAGCUGGGGAAGCAUUUCUGGCUGUCCAUUCUCUGGCACUUGUCCAGUAUAGUGACAAAGCUGCAUUUCCCAGCCCACCAUGCUCGUGCUUUGCUGUCCUGUUUCUGGUCCCAUGCUGAACAAGAGCCAUGUCUCCAGCUCAGGAGUGGACCUGGCCAGCCACAGCCCAGAGUCCAUCAGCCCAGCAGAGUGGGGGUUGAGGGUACCCCUUGGAGAGACUCCAGUGCUUUGUUCUGGGGGCGACUCCUUCCCAGCAGUCAGUGUUUUACCCUGAGUCCCAGACAAGAGGAUUUAUAUUUUUAAUUUGAUUCUUCCCCUGUGAAUUAAAGCAAUACUAUUCUUGG